AUCGCAGGAAGACACUUCCAUCGAGCCAGGAUUCCUGGACAUCAUUCUUGCCCUUCCAUUGUACCUUGUCCCUUUGCUCAAUUCGAAAAGUAUUGAGAGACAUUGACAUUGGAAUUGAUCGAGAAGAAGAAGAGGAAAAAGCAGAGACUGGAAUUUGAUCUCUGGAAUCCUACUUUCAGGAUACCUCAAUACCUUCCAGAGUACUUUCCCGUCAUCAGCUAUUCUUGCACCUGUCGGCGGCGAUCCACAAUUUGCUGCUCAGCGCACAAGCUACAGUACAGCCGAAGGAAAGUGGGACCCCCAGCAAUCGGUUUCCUUGGUCUUUCCCAAGUUCACAGGCUUCCUGGAAAGACCGUGUGUCACUGUGCAGCAGGUUGCAUCGACGGCAUCCACUCUUGGAAAGCACCAACCAAGCCGGACUCGCGCCGCCUGUCUGCUGCUCCUGCCGCAAGCCUGAGUUGAGCUUUGUCUCUUGCAGUUUCUCAGUCGCUCCCUCCCGUCCCUUCCCGCCUCUUUCCCUCGCCCCGUAUCUCUCUUGCCUUGCCCUGCCAGCCUGUCUGCCUGGCACUUGCCUUGGCCUGGCCCCUCCCCCUUCUCCUUCCCUUCCUUUCCAGCCCAAUCCCAUCCCGCGCCCGUCCUGUUCCAGGCCCCUCUGCCCCAGCAGUAACAGCAGCACCAAUAGCAGGCCUCGAUUUGCUCCCCAAUCCCUUUUCCCAGGUUCCCCAAAAUCCAACAUUGGGACCAAGCACCUGCACCACCAAGAGCUACCUGCUCAGCGGUCCCACGGCCAGCCCGCCCGUCCGCAUAGGUAGCUACCCCUUCCCAGUCCCACCAAAGUCUCUCACUGCAGUGCUGCACCAAGGAGUGGAUUGGACUGUCAUACAACGCUACCUUACCUCACCUUACAGAGUACCUACAUGCCGAUUCGGCCUACUCGCCGCAGCCAGUAACACGCACCAAGCACCAAGCACCGUCACUUUUUCGAUCCGACUCGACUCGACUCGCUGCCCGCCAGUUGUCGUCUUUUAGACAUUCUUUUCACUUCCACCCCCCCAACCUUUUCAAUUCCUCUUAGAGCGGAAGGGUGCUGUCGCUAAUCAGCCCCAUAACCGCCCAAGAUUCCCUCUUCAAACGGUAGACGUCUCCCGUCCAACAUCCCAUUGCGGACCCUGCAGUCCCGGCCACAUCCAGACCAGCAAGAACAGGCGACGUCAUUGCUAGCAUCUGAUCGGGACGACAACCACCACAGCGCCCGUGACCGUGAUCACAACCACACCUCCUCUUCCACCUCCCACCGUCAACACCACAACUUCGACAACGACAAACACAAUCACCACGGCCACCCGUCAUCAGAGGACUCUCUCGGUUCCGAGUCCGAUUCCUGGACCGACACUGGGGACAUCGCCGACCUUAUCGACGACGAAGACCCCCUUCGCACCCAGCUUCCCAGCGACGUUGAUGACGAGCUGCUAGCCGGCGUUCACAAGAGACACCCCUCCCACAAGUCUUCCAAGAAGAAGCGUGUUCGCAUCCAAGAGUCUCCCAGCCGCCGCGAUAACUCACAAACCCGUCGUGGAGGUGUUAAUAAGGAGGCAAUCGAGGUUCCCGACAUCGCCCAACCUCGUCCGACCCGCGCGCAGCGAGUCAUCGGCGCCAUCAUGCCGGGCGGUUCCUCUAUUCACGGCCUCACUGGCAAGGCCCUGAUCUACUUCACGAGUAUCUUCGUCUCCUUGGGAGUCUUUUUAUUCGGCUAUGAUCAGGGUGUCAUGUCAGGCAUCAUCACGGGUGUCUACUUCCGUAACUACUUCCACCAGCCUUCCUCGGCCGAGAUUGGUACCAUGGUUGCCAUCCUGGAGGUUGGUGCCUUUAUCUCAUCUCUGGUCGUUGGCAAGGUUGGCGAUAUCAUCGGCCGACGCAAGACCAUUCUAUAUGGCUCCAUGAUUUUCUUUGUCGGUGGUGCCUUGCAGACAUUUGCCACUGGUAUGCCCAUGAUGAUGUUGGGUAGAAUCAUUGCUGGUCUGGGCGUUGGUGCUCUGUCUACCAUCGUCCCUGUCUACCAGUCUGAGAUCUCCCCUCCCCACAACCGUGGAAAGCUGGCCUGCAUUGAGUUCUCCGGCAACAUCAUCGGCUAUACCACCUCGGUGUGGGUCGACUACUUCUGCGGAUUCAUCGAAAGUGACAUGUCAUGGCGUGUUCCCCUUCUGAUGCAGUGCGUGAUGGGGGCCCUUCUGGGCAUUGGAAGCUUGGUCAUUGUAGAGUCUCCAAGAUGGCUCCUUGACAACGAUCACGACGAAGAAGGUAUCGUUGUCAUUGCCAACCUCUACGGCAAGGGUGACAUCCACAACCAAAAGGCCCGAGACGAGUAUCGCGAAAUUAAGAUGAACGUGCUUCUCCAGCGACAGGAGGGUGAGAGGACAUACGCUGAGAUGUUCCGCAAGUACAGCACCCGUGUCUUCAUUGCCAUGUCAGCUCAGGGUCUCGCUCAGCUCAACGGCAUCAACGUUAUCAGCUACUAUGCUCCCUACGUCUUUGAACAGGCAGGCUGGGUUGGUCAUGACGCCGUCCUCAUGGCUGGCGUGAACGGCAUCACCUACCUUCUCUCGACCAUUCCCCCAUGGUACCUGGUUGACAGAUGGGGUCGCCGGCCAAUCUUGCUGAGCGGUGCCAUUGUCAUGUGUGUUUCACUGUCAAUGAUAUCGUACUGGCUCUACCUCGACAUCACGUACACACCCACAUUGGUCGUCAUCUUUGUCAUGAUCUACAACGCAGCGUUUGGAUACUCAUGGGGCCCGAUUCCUUGGCUCUACCCUCCGGAGAUCUUACCCCUGAGCAUUCGCUCCAAGGGUGCCAGUCUGUCAACCGCAACCAACUGGGCGUUCAACUGGCUUGUCGGAGAAAUGACGCCCCUGCUACAGGAGUGGAUCAAGUGGAGGUUGUACCUGGUGCACGCCUUCUUCUGUGCAGUCAGUUUCAUUGUUGUAUACUUCAUCUACCCCGAGACCUGCGGUGUCCGCUUGGAGGAGAUGGAUUCGCUCUUUGGCGACGCCAGCACUGUCAUUGGAACACCGUCUCUGCAUGGUCGCGAAAACGACGCCCUCAUGCCCGGAUCGCCCAUUGGGUCCGAAUACCGGGGACGGCCCGGCAACUUUACUGCCAACAGCGCCAUUCCAGGCCUGUCUCUCGACCCUCCCGACAUUCCCGACGGCAAGGGCCAGGAUGGUGAGGCCAGCAGCACCAUUAGUGGAUGGGUCUCCAGAGUUGUUGGUCGCACGCGAGACCAGAGCAGCAGCGGCAGCGGUAGAUACGCUCCCCUGGGUAAUCAGGAUGAUUGAGACGAGACCGGCGCACAAGAGAAUCAAUACGAUUAGACGGUACUUUGCAUAUAGACGGCGGCAACUUUCUCCUCGGUGUCGCAGGCCUCCCGGACUGGAUAGUAAAGAAACGGUUGAGCGCCUGGGUUGAUUUUUCCUUUCGACGUUUGAGACAGAGGUGGGAAAAAACGAGGAUGCCGUACCGGGUUUAAGAGAAGCGUUGCAGAACAAAGAUGAGAGGGUCGCCGAACCUAGCGUCUGUGAGCACUUUUGCGUACUUUUUGAGUUGAACGGGAGCUAUUUUCAUUGGACUGCGUCUGUACAUAAAAAUUUUGUGCUUAUUACCAGCGACUUCUGCAUCAUUGAAAUCAAUUAUGCAAA